UGCUAAUGCUAAUUUAGCUGAAAAAUUCAUAGUUUCGUUGACGGCUGAAUUUCCGCAAACUUUCCUCCGUGCACAAAAACUUAGCCAUAGAGUGCAUAUACGUACAAAGAACGUCUACGUAAAAGAAUAAUAAAUAUUCUUUCUAACGUACUUUCGCCAAGGGUUUUACGUGUUGUUUUUAGUGUGAAUAUAUUUCCAUAGAAUUUGUAACUAAAUAAAUGUAUCCAUUGUUUUAUAUUUUCAGUUGCAGUUAUAAUUUAAAGAGAUGUAUAUUUUUAAUUAUUAGUUAAUAAAAUCGACUACGAAAAAAAUGAGGUGAAGAUGGAAGACUAUAACAGUUGUGUAAUGAAAGAAUUAAAAAGAAGGAAAUGUCCUCUGCAUUUGACCUUGAUUGCCAGUUACAUUUCUGUUGAGAAAUAUGACAAACUUCUCAGAACGUUUUGUAAAGAAUUUCCAGCAACUAUGAUAAAACUGAAUAAUGAAAAGAAAUCAAUAGAAGCCCAAAAAAGAACUGUGUAUGCCAUGAUAUCCCGAAUACAGGAGAUUCUUGAUUUCACAAGUGGAAGAAGCUUGGUAGAAUUUUAUUUAAAUGUAGAAGCUCUAAAUGAGCAAUUUGUCUCAUUAAAAUCUCAAAGGGUGCAAGAAAUAAAAGGAAAUUCUGAUAGUCAACAGUUAUGGCAUUACAGUCAUGACAUCAUGAAUCACCAGAAGUUAGUGGUAAACCUACAAAGUGAAAUACAGAACUUUAAAACCCAAAGCACCAAGUUAAGUCUGAUAUUGAGUCAUUCAGAAAAUAUUCAUCGACAGAAACAUUUAAAUUGGCUACAAACUAGAAAGUGGAUUAAUCAGGUUCAUAAAAAGAUUUCACACUAUAAAGAAGUUUAUAGUCAACCAGAUAAUAUAUUAGAGCAAAUUCAUGAGAUUGAAGAAUUCAUUAUUGCAGCUAGGAAAGUAGUUAAAAUGUUAUAAUGAUUUGCAUGAUUAUCCCAUUUAUAAUAAAGUGGUCAAAUCUCAUGAUUUACAUUUUAUUUUGUGAAUGUAAUAGGUAAAAGUUUCAAUAUUUUAUUCGAAGUGAUGUAAGAUUUUAUAAUAAAUAUGUUGCAUCUGUUGAUAAAAAUUUCGUAAUUAAAUUUAAAACAUUGUCUUUGCAAGUGUAGAUUAAAUUGACUCUAAAGAAACCAGAUGUUUCAAUCAUAAAGUGUUUUUUAUAUAAAAUUCUUUAUAAAGUGUAUUCAAUUUUCUAGUUUCUUUUUAAGUGUCGAAAUUUAAUAGCACUUUAAAAUACAGCAAAUAACUCAGAUGUCUAAAAACCACACAGUUUACAGUUAGCAAUAUUUUCUUUAAUUUAGAAAUUAAGUCUCUCUGAAUUAUUUUGAAAGAAAACUUUAUGAAUCCAGAAUAAAAUAUAUAUUAUUGCAGAAUAUUCUACUGUUUAUAAGAAUUUAGCUAUUUUAAAGCUAAGUCCUUUUAUGACUUUGUAAUUUUUAUGAAAAUGUAAAAAUCGUUCAUAAUAUUUGCUGUUGUCUCCAAAAUAAAAAGUUCAAUCUGAAGGAGGAUAUCUGAAGAUGCAAAUUUAAUAAAAAAAUUAUCCGUAGGUUUUAUUAUCUUUUGAUAUGUUAAACAAUAAUAGCUUUUUCCAUUUGAAUGAAUUGUUCCUUAAUACCAGUUCUGUGGGAAAGUACUAACUGAAAAAUCAUUAUAAAAUACAUCAGUGCUAUUGUGUUAUGAUUAAAUCCUUCUUUUUUAUGCACAAUCCAGAUUAAAGAUUGCACCUAUCAUUGGUAAGUUUCAUAAGUUCAUCCAUAAGUUCUUAUGUGGUUUGCCAUAAUCAAAUAACUUAUUUUGUCGCAUUGAGUUGUAAUGAAGAAUUAUGUGCCAAGGAUAAGUCAAAGAAUGUUCUACUCCUCUUUCCUUACCUUCUUAAGAAAACUUUUAGCGCAGUGAUAUUUUAAGUUCUCUCAUGCCAUAGAUAUUAUACAUUUACGCAUAUUCAUAACUUCGCUGGGAUUUGAACCUUGGCCUGAUAAUAUGACUGCUGGCACUACUAACUACUUUAUCAAUCAGUGCAGCAAAUUGCAUUAGUAAACAAUGACAAAGUUUAAAGAUUACUUUCAAUUUAUAACAGUUUUUAUUAAUAAAACUUUUUGCAUAUAGCUUAAUUUUUUUUAAUCUAGUUUAAAGAUUUUGCAAAGAGUUUUAAAUUUUUCAAAUACAAUGUUAAAAUAGUUCAUAUUGAGUUGUAAGAAUUAAUCAUAUCAUUCCAAAUAUGUUAUUAUUAUUAUUAUUAUUAUUGUUGUUGUGUUGUUGUUGUUUCUGUUUUGGAUAUUGUCUAUACCUUCUGAGUGGAAUAUUUCUUGGAAAAUGGUCCCACUGCUUGGAAACCAGUGCAUCACCAGCACACAUCCCUCCAUCUUUUUAAUAAUCAGGAAUACAAGAAGUUUUUUAAAUACAUUCUGCUACAUUUAAUCAACGUUUUGAUUUUUUUUUUUUUUUUUUUUUUUUUCUUUUUUUUUUUUU